AUGGGGAAGCUCCUCCCAGUAAAGCGCAAUGUCCCCCGGGCCUCGAUUUUGGGCAUUCUUGAGAGGUUUGGAGAUGGAUUUGUCGUCCAGGAGGAGCUGCAAGAUCGGGCGGAGGCCCGGCCACUCGAGCAGCGCCUCCAGCUUCUCAAGGACACGCUUCGGAUCAAGAGAACAGUGGCUCUGCUCGAGCGAUGGGAGCUUCAAGCGCUGGAUCCUCUGCUGUAUCGCGCGUUCAUGAGGCUGUGCGCCAGAUCAAAGGCGCUGGAGGAGGGCCAGCGGAUUCACGCGCAUCUAGCUUCUCGCGGCUACUCUGGUCACCGAUUCCUGGCCAGCGAGCUCGUGAUCAUGUAUGGGAGAUGCGAGCGCCUGGACCUUGCCAAGAUCGCUUUCGAGAGCAUCAAGGAUCCCGACACGUGGUCCUACAAUUGCUUGCUCGCGGCGCUGACGAGCAACGGGCAUCUCCACCCGGCGAUCGAGCUGUUCGAGCGCAUUCCAGAUCGGGAUAUUGUCUCUUGGAACACCAUGCUCCAGGCGUUCGUGAGGCUAGGGUUCUUCCAAGAAGCGCGGGAUCUCUUCCUCGAGAUGCCGGACCGCAAUGCCGUGUCAUGGACGAUCAUGCUCACGGCGUACGCGCGGAACCAGCGGCUUGACGAAGCCAUGGAGUUCCUGGAUGCGAUGCCGGAUAGGAAUGCCGUGUCUUGGAAUGUGAUGAUCGCGGCUUUCGGCCACAGCGGCGAUGGGAAUCUCGACAUGCCGAUUGAGAUUUUCAGGAUGAUGCUGCUCGAUGGAGUUCCUCCAGUGAUCGGUACGUUCGUCACGAUUUUCGGUGUUCUUGGAUUGCUGAUGGAUGUGAAGCUUGGCAGCGAGAUCCAUGGUCUUGUUCUUGAGAGGGGCCUCGGCGCCAACCUCCAUGUCAUGAACGCGGUGCUUAGAAUGUACACGGCGUGCCAGAGCUUGGAAGAUUGCGAGAGAACGCUGGAAUCUAUGGAAGCCAGGGACACGAGCUGUGAGAGUGUUCCAGGAGAUGGCGUCUAGAGACGAGAUUGCAGUGAGCUCCAUGGUCGUGGCGUAUGCCCAGCACGGGUAUCUGGAUCAAGCCCGGAUUCUCUUUGAGGAUUUGCCAGAGAAAGAACACCA